AUGCGGCUGCUGACCCACAACAUGCUCGUGUGCCACGUCAAGGCAUGCGCGGACACAGCUGGACGCUCGAUGGGCGAUCGUCCACUCAACUUUCCACUAAGUAUCGUACCGGAGAUGGACGGCAUCGUGGUGCUUGAGACGCAGUACAGCAAGAAGUUCAUGCUGCACAUCAUGCGCUCGAUCGACUACUCGGCUCUGUGCUACACGACCAAGGAGUUGAACCACCCGGAGGUCCCGACCUUGCCAGAGCAAAUUUCCAUGGACGACUUGGCAGAGCAGGACGAUCUGCUUCAGCUGAUCCAUCGCGUCCUCUUCGAUACGAAUCUUGUAGAGGGCGAGCUGGUGUGUAGAAACUGUGGACGGAGCUACCCCGUUUCGAACGCUGUGCCUAAUAUGCUGCUGGAAGAGGAUGAAUUGUAA